AUUAAAAAGAAGGAAACGCAUCUUUUUACCUGGGAGACACGUGUCGCGACUCUGCUCAACUCAGUCGCAUUACGACACGUUUACUCAAGCAGCAUUACAGAACGCCGACGUAAUCCACCGGCCACGUGUCGUCCAGGCAGCUCUGUCGCCGCCCACUUGCCUCCUCCUCUCAGUCAAGGUAAAAUCUAUGGGGGAAGAAGGGACAUGGAACAACAGAGACAUGAUGACGUUAACGACAAAUCUUUCUCUGGACAUAAAUAAACACCCGACAGAUCUGUCUGAAACAUCGUACUGCGAAGAGGAGGCAUCGGUUGAGCUGAACCUCGGUCUGUCUCUGGGAGGUAGGUUCGGAGUAGACAAGACUCCGAGGAAGCUUAAACGGUCUUCUUCCGUUUUGGGCACUGUGCCCUUUGUGUCUGAGCCGGAGAACUACGCGGUGGGUUUAGCGAGAACGACGUCGUUGCCGGCUGAGGUGGAAGAGGAGUGGAGGAAAAGGAAAGAGAUGCAGUCGGCGAGGAGAAUGGAAGCUAAGAAGAGGAGAUGCGAGAAACAGAGUGGUGAUGAGCAAACGUCGUCGUUUGAGACCGAGAGAUGGGUCAAUGCGAGUAAAAGUGGGUUUCUUCAGGGACAUUUGGUUUCUUGCGUUGUUGAGUCCGAUGGUGGAAGAGGAGGAGGUAGCUCUUCUAGCUUGUCAGAGCUGGACAACAAGAAUCAUCAUCAGCAAGGUUCGUCAAAUAGUUGUGGAGCGGAAACAAGUCCAAAAAUCAUGACAAGAUGUUCAUCUAAUAACAGCGAAAGCCACCACGGAACAGAGAAACCUAGAACAGCCGACAAGGUGAAUGAGAAAGUAGAGGAUGAUGAUAGGAAAGGCAAAGGGACGGCUAAUACUACGUCAACAGGUUUGAUCGACAUGCCGUGCGUGUUCACCAAAGGAGACGGCCCAAACGGAAGACGUGUUGACGGGAUUCUAUACAAGUACGGGAAAGUAGGAGAGGAAGUUCGGAUCAUGUGCAUUUGCCACGGCAGUUUCUUGACGCCAGCAGAGUUUGUUAAACAUGGUGGUGGUGGAGAUGUUGAUCGUCCCCUUCGGCAUAUCGUUGUCAACACCUCUCCUUCGACGUUUUGACUAGAAGAAGAAUCUGGGGGUAUGAACCGGAACGUAUCUUUUCUUCUCGUCUCAUCUUCUAGUUGUUGUUUUUUUUAUAAAUCUUUUGGAUAUCUUCUCAAUCUUGUUGAAGAUCAAGAUUCUCAUGUAUUUUAGGGUGUAAUACUUGAGAGAACAUCAAAGAAUCAUCAAAUGAUAUAUAUAAUGAUUUUUGCUUGAA